AUGUCGAAACUACCAGGAAACGCGGGAGUCACGGUGCUUGGCGAUAAGUCCGUGGAGUUCUACCGGGAUCCAGUGAGUUUCUACGGGCAGAGGAUGGACCGGCACCGCGGGAGAGUGUUCCUGAGCCGCAUCCUCAACCGACCCACCGUGUUCGUGUGCUCUGUUCGCGGGGCAAGAGAGCUGUUGUGUGAAAAGUCCAAUAUAUUCCAAAAAGACCCCACUGAUCUGAUGACAAACAUGUAUGGAGACACAAUAGUCACCACCAAUGGUGAAGAGGCAAGUCUCCUCCGUUUGUCGUUUUCUAGUCUCUUCACUGGAAAUAGUUUAGAAUCAACAAAGGGCUACGUCACUAGGAUAUGUGAGCAGCACCUGAAGGAUCUUUCAUCAAGAGGGCAAUGUUCAUAUUCCGUGUAUAAGUCUUUGGGGACACAACUGGUGCUGGGGCUGUUUCUAAAUGUUAAUCCAGAUGAGCAGCCAGAACUAUACCAAGAAAUAUCUUGUCUCUGCACACAGCACUGGCAUGGGCUGAUAUCGGCUCCCGUCAACGUAAAGGUCCCCAUGUGGUCAUCCGGCUUCUCCACCGCUCUCGAGGCCAGAGAAAAACUCAUGGCUAUUAUUAAAGACAAACUGCAGAAUGACAAACAUGGUUUAGUUGGAACUUUAGGGUCCUUGCCUUUGCCUGACUCCAGCUCUGCCUCUCAACAUCUCCUGUUGUUCAUCUCUGCUCUGAUUCCCAAAGCUCUGGCAUCACUCCUCACUUCCUUCACACUAGCACUCAGUGGAAACCAGCAGGUGGAAACCCGCAGGAAAGCACAGACAGAUGCUGAUUACUUGGGGUUUGUGUUGCUGGAGGUGCAGAGACUUUGGCCUCCGUUCAUUGGUGGACGAAGGAUAGCCAGUCAGGACUGUACCAUCGCAGGCUUUCACGUCCCUAAAGAUUACGGCGCCGUGUACAUCAGCCACGCAGUUCACCGCGACCCAGAGGUGUUUGAAGAUCCUGACAGCUUCAGGCCAGAGCGGUGGGGAGAGAGAAAUGCAGGCCAGCAGCACCUACUCUGUUCUUUCGGAAACGGGCCCAGAAGCUGCAUUGGAGUGAAACUCACAGACGCUUUCCUGAAGGAAGCGUGCAUGUACCUGUUACAACACUAUGACUGGUGUGUGGACCCUUCAACUCAGGCGCUCCAGUACAAGUGGCUGCCUGUGUCGCGUCCGGCCAACUCCCCCACCAUCUCCUUCAGUCGCCUGGAUGAGAACCCACCUGGCCACAGCGGCUCAUAA